AUGGCGGCUCUCGCAUUUCCCUCGCUUGCCAAAAAGGUAACUCUUUCGGAUGGCACGACUUAUAGCUACAUUUCUGUGGCACCGUCGAGUCAUUCAUCCGCAACCUUUCUGCUUCUUCACGGCUACCCUAGCUCUUGCUAUGACUGGCGUCAUCAAAUCCACUCAUUGAGUAGUUUAGGAUAUGGCGUGCUCGCUCCGGACUUACUCGGUUAUGGCGAAUCCAGCAAGCCGGCCGACCCCGCCUCUUACCGCUUGAAGCGUAUGGCGCUUCAUAUGGCUGAGCUUCUUGAUACUGAAAAUGUCUUCCGCUGUGUUGCAGUAGGGCACGACUGGGGUUGCGGUCUUUUAUCUCGUUUGAUAACCUGGAUUCCGGAUCGCCUCCUAGGCGCUGUCUUUGUGUCAGUUGGGUAUAUUGAGCCCGCAAUGAAAUGGGAUAUCAAAGCCAUUAACGAACAAACUGAAAGUAUGUUCGGCUAUUCUACAAAUGGCUAUUGGCCAUGGCACAAUACUGAAGAAGCUAUAAAGGACUGUAAUGAAAAUCCGGCAUCAGUGUUCACGCUCAUAUACGCCGCAGAAGCUGCACUAUGGAGGAAAUCCUUAGGCCCCGUUGGAGCAGCAGCGAAUUUUGUUAAGAGUGGCACGAUUGAGAAGUUGCCUUCCUGGUAUGGACUUGAUGAAUAUACGCUGAGAGAUCGGAUCCUAUCUAUUGGCGGAUACCAAGGGCCACUGAACUGGUACAAGGCCGCCAUGCGAGGAGUCAAUGACGAAGACGAGGCUGGUCUGACAGACUCAGACAAGAAGUGCGGACUGCCCGUGCUGCUCGCAGUCAGUGACGAGGACUACGUGACCAGGGCCGACCUCCAGAUUCCCGCGACCCAGAAAUGGGUCUCUGACCUUACCAUUAAGAACUUCUCGAGAUGCGGUCAUUGGAUUCAGUUGGAGCGGCCUGAAGAGCUGAACGGCAUGUUAGUCGACUUUGUCGAGUUGGUCACUGGCCAAGACUCCUCUCUCGUAGGUAGCGGAAUAACUCAAGGGCUAGAGGCUUAUACUCUUGAAGAGGCAGGCAUGUAGAAUUUAAUCCAAGUCGAACGA